GGCGGGGGCAGGAUAAUAGGUAGGAUUGCAGCUUUGGCGGGCGCUGGUGGUUGGAAGGGUCGCAAAGGGUGGGCGGGAGUUGCGAAAGCAGGCGAGGAAGACGGGAUUGGGUUUUCUGCUGCUGCAACAUUCUUCCGAGCACCGAAGAAAGGGGCGGGAAGAGGUUUUGGGCGUUUGCGCUUUUCGGGGCUGGUGUUUUCUUGGCUUUGUUUCUUUUUGAGGGACUUUGAGGGACUGGAAACGAUCAUCAUUUUGUCGGUCUGUUUUGUAGGUCUUCUAUACUCGUACUAUCGCAGGAAAAUAGGUGUCUGGUAUUUGCAGCAGUUCGGUCGGGUGGUGUGGUGCUCUGGUCUCCAGAUACUGCCUGGUCACUGGAAACAAAAGUCAGGUCGGACAGGGACAGGAAGCGCGUUAAUUGACCCUUCAGGGUCGCGCGUCUUAGCGCGUUUUGCGGGGCACAAUAGCGACAGGGGUCUAUGAGCCGGAGUUACGCUGCUGGCGGCAAGUGGAGCUCGAGAAAGCUUCAGCACAAUGCCGUCAUUGUCGCAUGGCAAAGCUCGAGAGCUUCAUUUUCAAAGACUAUCUUUCAAGGCUUUAGAGAUCUGAUCAAUUGCCCACCAUGAUACUGUCAACACGUCUCCAGGUCCCAAGACAGCUCCCCCGUGUGGUGCGGGGCAUUUCAACCCUCCCUAACAACUCCAAUAUCAAAGUCUUCCCUCACCCAACUCAACCCUCUUCAUAUCUCCUCACAUUGCUCUCCAGAGACCCACCAACACCUUCACUCGCCAUUGGCACCACUGCCGCUAUCCCACCUACCCCCAGGUCCUUCCAGCACAAUCCUAAAUUUCUCACCAUAUUGGAUGAGGUCCUCACCAAGCAUGCCAUCGACGAUCCCGGCUUGAAAGCUCAAGCUCAGGCUUUUGCCUCUCCUGGCGGAUUUACCUUCAUUCACAAUCCAGGAAAAAAGGAUAGGGGAGCUGGGGGUGGCGGUGGUGCGAGUGCCGAAGGCGGUCCUGGUGGAGCUGGAGUUGGUGGAUGGGUGCAUCUGAGUGACGCGAGAAAUCCUCCUGAUUUCGGGAGGAUAGCUUGGCCAGAGGACAUCUUUGGAAGUGUGGAGGUCAAUGGGAAAGGUAAAAUUGUUGGCAACUACCAGCGGAGUGGGACGUACCGAAUUGUGACGAAUCAGGGAAUGUGAGUUUUCAUUGUUUUCCAUCACUACACUCAUUUGUAAUUGUAGAUGCUGAUCAAAUGAACGCAGUCUUGGGCUGAGUCCAUUUCUUCAAGAAAGGCUCCUAGCUAGGCUUCGCGAAGAAGAGAGCAAGGAGCAAAAAUAAUGAUUCUCCGGAGGAUGUUAGUUGUGUACGAUAGGUUGGCAUACAAAUUUAUACCCAGCCUUACUUCGAAGUUGAUGCACAUUUUGAUGUUCAUGGUUGAAAGAGUCCAAGCGAUUAUUACAAAGACUGGGAUUUGUGGAGGACUCGUAUGACCAGCCCAUAAACCUAUCGACAGAGCAAAGCAAAAUAGUAGAAUACAAAUCAUUAUUGGUCG